AUGGUGGCGAAAAAGGAAAUAUAUACCGGAAACGGAUACAACGAAAAAGGUACGAGGACGGUGAAAGAAAAAGAGAUGGAUAUGAGCAGGGAGAUGAGAAAGGAGUUGGCAGGGAUAAAAGAGGAGCUAAAAGGAAUCAAGGAAGGAGUAGCAGAGCUCGUCAGGGUAAGCAGGAAUUGGCGCAAAGAAGAGGAGACGGACAAGAGAAGAGAGGAACGGAGAAGGGGAGAAUGGAGGGAAGAAGAAGUGGUCAGCGGAGAAAAGGGAGAUAGAGACAGAGAAAGAGAUGGAGUAGAGGACUGGUGGGACGUAGUGAAAAGGGAUGAAGAAAGAGAGGAAGAGACUGUCAAUGGGAAAAAAAGUAAGGAGGAACAGAGGUCAAAGAAGAAGAGUGAGACAGCGUCAGAGGAGAAUUAUAAGGAGAGAGAGAAGAAAAGAGGGAGGAGGCAGGAUAAGAGAAAGGAGAAAAGAGAGGAAAGCAGAGAGUCGGGGGAAAUCAGCAGUUAUGAAGGAGAGGAGCCAGCAGGAGAGGAAGGAGGAGAAAGAAAGAAGAGGGCUAAAGAGGAAGAGGUGCAAACCGGCAGGAAGAGAGCAGAAGAGGAUAUAGUCAGAACGGAGAAAACAAGUAAGGAGGAGCAUGUGGAAAGAGAGACAAAAAGAGGAGGCCGCGGAGUGCAAGAGAGAGAGAGGAGGAGAGAGGAGAGCGGUGAGUCAAGGAAGAGCAGAGACAUUGAUAAAGGGGAGUCAGUAGGCAGAGAUCCAGGGAAGAAAACGAGGCAGACAAAGAGAGAGAUAAAAAUGACUAGCGAAAAGAAAAUGGAGGAAGGUGAUACAGACAGAAUGGAAUUAAAGGAGAGAGAGAGGUGGAGCGAGGGAGAGACAAGAAGAGAAGAGGGCGGAGAGUUAAGAGAGGAGAACAGUGUACGAAGAGAAGAAACAGAAAGCGGAUGGAGGAGACAGGAGCCGAAGGGAGCAAGAAAAGAAGAACAGACAGGAAGGAGGAAAAUAGGAAAAGAGGAGGCAGAGAGAGAAGAGAGAACAAGCAGAUGGAUCAAGAAAAGAGAGGAGUACAGCAGGAAGAAGAGGGAGAGCAGCGUAGUAUGGAGAGGAGUGGAGGGGGAGAGUAGGGAAUUUAGAAGGGAUUGUAUAAGGGUGAUUAUAAAUACAGAGUUAGGGAGUGAUGUAGAGAUAAAAGGGAUAGAAGAGAGAAAAGGGGAUAAGGGAGGGUGGGUGAUCAUAAUGGAAUUGGGAGAGGUAGAAGAUAGGGAGAUCUUAGCGAGGAGAGGGGAAAUUUGGGAAAGAUGGAGCGUAGGGGUAGAUGAGGAUUUGUCGAUGGAAGAGAGAAAAAUGAGGUGGAGAAUCGUAGAAGUAGCAAGAAGGGAGAGGGCAAAGGGAAAAAGGGUAGGGUGUAGUAGUAGAGAGUUAUGGGUGGAGGGAAGGAAGUGGAAAUGGGACAAAGCGAAAAAGGAUUGGAGAGAAUGA